AUGGGAGAAGAGCUUUUGGAUGGAGAAGAGAAGAGGGAAGAACUAUUGGAUGUUAUCAGCGAAGAAGCUGGAGCAUUGGCCACAGCUGGGAGAACCAAGAGCAUGAACUCAAAUACUCUUCACCAUUACGGAACGUUUCAAACAGCUUCAACUUCCCCCAGAAGCACCACUGAUUCUCCAGCUAUAUUUGGCAUUUCCGCAUUUGCGUUUCUAGAUAUCAGAGCUUGCAAAGUGAGGAUGAUCUAA